AUGUCUAUCCUAUGCACCAUCAGCGGGCAGACGCCCGACGAGCCCGUGGUGAGCAAAACGGGAUAUAUCUUCGAAAAACGCCUAAUAGAAAAGCACAUUCUAAAUUAUGGAAUAUGCCCAGUAAGUGGAGAGGUGUUGACACUCCAGGAUCUGUACCCACUGAAAAAUGAGAAGGUGGUAAAACCGAGACCCAUCACAGCAAGUAGCAUUCCGGGAUUAUUGUCCAUCCUACAGACGGAGUGGGAUUCUCUCAUCGCAGAAAUGUUUACUCUAAGAACCCACGUCAACGACAUACGGAACCAACUGACCCACAGUUUGUACCAGUAUGACGCCGCAACGAGAGUGAUAGCGAAACUGUUGAAGGAGAAAAAUAAUUACACCGAAGAAAUAAAAAAUUUGAGGAAUCAAAUAUUAAGCAUAAGGAGUGGCAAUGAUUUAAGUGAACUUGAAGUGGGACUAAGUGAGGAAUUGCUAAAUCAGAUGCAAGAUGUUGCAAAAAAUCUCCUGAUAACGAGGAAGAAGAGAAACAUAGAACAUGUUACAUCAACUGACAAAUGGAAAGAAGUGACAAAUACGAAUGAAUUCGAUGUGCAUUCGGCUGCACUUCCAGGUGUUACAUGUCUUUCCUUGGAUAUUAAUAAAAUGAAAUACAAUUAUUAUGAUGACCAUAUGAACCACAAUUUUUUCUCAGGGGGGGUGGACGGAAAUGUCUACUACAUCUCCCUUGAGGAGAGUAAAAUUUUAGCGAAAUUACAGGGACACUUAAAAAAGGUGAAUGCUAUUGUAUCCCACCCAACUUACCCUGUAUGCAUAUCAGGGGCAAACGAUAAAACAGUUCGCAUCUGGAAAGGAGAUGUGGACAGCAAUGAAUUCACCACAUCGCAUGUUAUUACGAAACAUAAAGAUCAGAUAAAUUCCUUGGCACUUCACCCGAUGGAAAAUUAUUUUGUCAGUUCAUCUAAAGACAAUGUGUGGAUCCUGCACGAUUUGGAAACGUCGAGGACGAUAAAAAUAUGUAAGACGAACCCUAGUCCAUUUAAACAUUUAGCCAUUCAUCCAGAUGGAAUUAUGAUUGGCAUUGGUUCCGAAGAUUCAAAUAUACACAUCUAUGAUAUUAAGAGUGAAGAGUAUAAGGCAUCUUUGAGUGGCCACACGAGUGAGGUACAGUACAUUUCCUUUAGUGAGAAUGGCUACUACUUGGCUUCAUGUUCGAAGGACAAGACGGCUAAAUUGUGGGAUCUGAGAAAAGCACAGUGUUUUCAAACCAUAGAUGUGAACGAACAUCCAAAAAGUAUUGAGUUCGAUUUUUCAGGCAAGUACCUUUCGCUAGCCGCUGGAAAUGAUAUACAUAUAUACAACUUCGAGACCAAGACGCACGCCAACCUUGUGAAAACUCUCUCUUCGCAUACAGACACCGUUACGCAGACCUGCUUCGGUAGCAGGACAGCCUACCUCCUCUCCAGCUCGAUGGACAAAACAGUCAAAGUGUGGAAUUAG